AUGGAGGACGAACAGCUAGAUAAUGAAAAAUAUAGCAGCAGGACCUACAUUGGUUCGAUAGUUGCCUCUGUGAACCCUUACAAGAGCAUCCCGGGACUGUAUGACUGCACUGCUGUGGAGCGAUACAGCAAGCACCACAUGGGAGAGAUUGCACCUCACAUCUUCGCUGUGGCCAACGAGUGCUACCGCUGCCUUUGGAAGCGCCAUGACAACCAGUGUAUCCUCAUCAGUGGCGAAAGUGGUGCUGGUAAGACAGAAAGCACUAAGCUGAUUCUCAAGUUCUUGUCUGCAAUGAGCCAACAUUCUCUGGAGCUAUCCUGCAGAGAGAAGACCUCCUGUGUGGAGCAAGCUAUACUUGAGAGCAGCCCAAUUAUGGAAGCUUUUGGCAAUGCAAAGACUGUUUACAACAACAACUCAAGUCGCUUUGGGAAGUUUAUUCAGCUGAACAUCUGUCAGAAAGGAAACAUUCAGGGAGGAAGAAUUAUAGAUUAUUUAUUGGAAAAAAAUCGUGUAGUAAGACAAAACCCCGGAGAAAGAAAUUAUCAUAUAUUCUAUGCUCUGCUGGCAGGGAUAGAAGAAAGAGAGAAAGAUGCUUUUUACUUAUCUGAACCAGAGAACUACCACUACCUGAAUCAGUCUGGAUGUAUAGCGGAUAAGACAAUCAGUGAUAAAGAUUCUUUCAAGGAAGUCAUUACUGCAAUGGAAGUGAUGCAGUUCAGCAAGGAGGAGGUGCGAGAAGUUUUGAGGCUGUUGUCUGGCAUUUUGCAUCUCGGAAACGUUGAGUUCAUCACUGCUGGUGGGGCACAGGUGUCCUUUAAAACAGCUUUGGGUAGAUCUGCUGAACUACUGGGGUUGGACUCCACACAGCUAACUGAAGCAUUGACACAGAGGUCAAUGAUACUCAGGGGAGAAGAAAUCCUAACACCUCUUAGUAUACAACAGGCAAUAGACAGCAGAGAUUCUAUGGCUAUGGCACUUUAUUCUCAGUGUUUUGCUUGGGUUAUUAAGAAAAUCAACAGCAGAAUCAGAAGCAAGGAAGACUUCAAGUCCAUUGGAAUUUUGGACAUAUUUGGAUUUGAAAACUUUGAGGUAAACCGUUUUGAGCAGUUCAAUAUUAACUAUGCAAAUGAAAAGCUUCAGGAAUAUUUCAACAAGCACAUCUUUUCCUUGGAGCAACUGGAAUAUAGCAGGGAAGGACUAGUUUGGGAGGAUAUUGACUGGACAGACAAUGGAGAGUGCUUGGAUCUUAUUGAAAAGAAACUGGGCCUGCUAGCGCUCAUCAAUGAAGAGAGCCAUUUUCCUCAAGCUACAGACUCCACCUUACUAGAGAAGUUGAAUACCCAGCACGCUAACAAUCCUUUUUAUGUAAAACCAAGAGUUGCCGUUCACAACUUUGGAGUGAAGCACUACGCUGGGGAGGUCCAGUAUGAUGUUAGGGGGAUCUUGGAGAAGAACAGAGAUACUUUCAGAGAUGAUCUCCUGAACUUAUUACGUGAAAGCAGUCUUGAUUUCAUCUAUGAUCUAUUUGAACAUGUUUCAAGUCGCAACAAUCAAGACACCCUUAAAUGUGGAAGCAAGCACCGAAAACCCACUGUCAGUCUCCAGUUCAAGGAAUCGCUUCAUUCUUUAAUGGCAACGCUGAGUUCUUCAAAUCCUUUCUUUGUUCGGUGCAUCAAACCCAACGUGCAGAAGAUGCCAGACCAGUUUGAUCAGACAGUGGUGCUUAACCAGCUGCGCUAUUCUGGGAUGUUGGAGACAGUCAGGAUACGGAGGGCUGGGUUCCCGGUCCGGAGGCCCUUUCAAGAUUUUUAUAAAAGGUAUAAAGUCCUCAUGAGAAACUUGACUCUGCCUGAAGAUUUAAAUGAGAAAUGUGCCGUCCUACUUCGUCUGUAUGACAACACAAGCACUGAAUGGCAGCUUGGAAAAAAUAAGGUUUUUCUCCGGGAGUCCUUGGAACACAAGUUGGAGAAACAGAGAGAGGUGGAAGUCACCAAGGCAGCAAUGAUUAUCCGAGCACACAUCUUAGGUUAUGCAGCCCGAAAGCAGUAUAGAAAGGUUCUCUACUGUGUGGUUGUGAUACAGAAGAACUACAGAGCAUUCAGUGGUAGGAAAAAGUUCCUAUGCCUGAAGAAAGCAGCCAUAAUUCUUCAGAAGCAGAGGCGAGGCCAGCUUGCUCGACGUGUUUACAGGGAGCGACUAGAGGAGAAGCAGAGACAAGAGGAGGAAAGAAGAAAAGAGGAGGAAGAAAGGUGCAAGCGUCUUGCCCAGCAGGUAAAUGAUAUUCUUUAUGCUGAAGAAGAGAGAAAGAAGCAGGAACUGGCUGCCAUUCAGAAAGCCCAGAAGGAGGCAGAGCUGAAGCAAGAGGUGGAGAAGCAGAAAGAAACCAGGCAGGUGGAAGAAAUCCUGCGUCUAGAAAAAGAAAUUGAAGACCUGCAGCGUGUGAAAAAGCAGCAGGAACUGUCCUUGACAGAGGCUUCAUUACAGAGGCUGCAGCAGCUUCGAGACGAGGAACUCCGUCGGCUUGAGGAUGAAGCAUGUCGAGCAGCCCAGGAGUUCCUGGAAUCUCUGAACUUUGAUGAGAUUGAUGAAUGUGUCAGAAACAUUGAGAAGUCUCUUUCUGUGGGCAACGGGUAUCCUGCUGAGCUGACUGAACAGACUGGAAAUGCCUGCAGUGAAAAGCCCAAUUUUAACUUCAGCCAGCCAUAUCCUGAGGAGGAGGUAGAUGAGGGCUUUGAAGCUGAUGAUGAUGCAUUUAAGGAUUCGCCCAACCCAAGUGAGCAUGGCCAUUCUGAUCAAAGGACCAGUGGCAUCAGAACAAGUGAUGAUUCCUCAGAAGAGGACCCCUAUAUGAAUGAUACUGUGGUCACUAGCAACACCAUGCUUAUACCUCCUACCCAUGAUACAGUAAGUCUCCACAACUCUUCAAGUGGUGAAUCCACAUACUGCAUGCCAGAAAAUGUAUCAUGUAGACCUCCAAAUUCUGUGGAACUUAUUUCUCCUGAUGGAGACUAUGAUUAUGACCAAGACGAUUAUGAAGAUGGUGCUAUUACUUCUGGUAGCAGUGUGACCUUCUCUAAUUCGCACAGUAGCCAGUGGUCGCCGGACUACCGAUGCUCAGUGGGGACAUACAAUAGCUCUGGAGCAUACCGAUUUAGCUCUGAAGGAGCUCAGUCUUCUUUUGAAGAUAGCGAAGAAGAUUUUGACUCCAGGUUUGAUACAGAUGAUGAACUUUCCUACCGGAGGGAUUCAGUCUAUAGCUGUGUCAGCCUGCCUUACUUUCACAGCUUUCUGUAUAUGAAAGGUGGCUUAAUAAACACAUGGAAGCGACGCUGGUGUGUCCUGAAAGAUGAGACCUUCCUGUGGUUUCGUUCCAAGCAGGAAGCACUUAAGCAGGGUUGGCUUCACAAAAAGGGGGGUGGAUCAUCAACGCUUUCCAGAAGGAACUGGAAGAAACGAUGGUUUGUUCUCAGACAGUCCAGAUUGAUGUACUUUGAAAAUGACAGUGAAGAAAAGCUGAAGGGUGCCAUUGACGUCCGAACAGCCAAAGAGAUUAUUGAUAAUACAGGCAAAGAAAAUGGCAUUGAUCUAAUAAUGGGUGACAGGACCUACCACUUAAUUGCUGAGUCUCCUGAGGAUGCAAGCCAGUGGUUUAGUGUACUGAGUCAAGUCCAUGCGUCCACAGAGCAAGAGAUCCGAGAGAUGCAUGAUGAGCAGGCAAAUCCACAGAAUGCUGUGGGUACACUGGAUGUAGGACUAAUUGAUUCUGUCUGUGCUGCUGACAAUCCAGAUAGGUAA